GAAUGAACUGAGUACAAGUGGUGUUUUCAAAUAUACAUAUGUUUCUUGUGGUUUGCGCGGACACCACAUAUUUCUUCAGUAAUGGUACAAGGGUCUCCGACAGAUAACGGAGCCUGGAGAUGGGUUGUUGUUUUUGGUGCAUUCAUUUCGCACUUCAUAACUUGUGGCUUUGAGAAGGGAUAUUCGAUCAUUUAUGUCGAAAUCAUACGGGUAUACGGUACAAGUGCUGCGAUGGCAGCAAGUCUCGGAGGUUUCGCAUCAGCAGUUCGUUUACUAUUAGCCCCUUUGUCGGUUUCAUUGAGUAAUAUUUAUUCUGAACAGAAAGUAGUAAUGGCCGGUGGGAUACUAACGUUUCUGGGUCUGCUCAUAUCAGCAUUAAGUGACCAUUUCGCCCUUGUUUUCAUCGGAUAUGGAGUUAUAUUUGGUUUCGGAUUAACUCUCACAUUUACACCCUCACUAGUCAUAUGUACAUAUUACUUUCACGAACGUCGUGCUACCGCUCUCAGUCUUUCUCUGGCUGGAUGUGGCUUUGCCACGAUGAUUUUGCCGUAUUUUUUCUACUACUUGAUUUCUCAAUAUGGACUUUCUGGAGCUCUGAUAAUGCUUUCUGCGUUCAGUUUGCAUUAUUGUGUUGCUGGUGCUUUAUACUUCAAAAACGACUUCGUAAAAGAGACUGCUGAAUCCAAAUUUGACUCAGAGAAUGACAAAUUGACUUUGCGCUCGCGAGUUUCCAGGUACCUCUGCUUGCUAUUGAAGAUCAAAAUUGCAUCUGGAGUAUGGGUAAAGCUAUUUUUAUUUUCAUUCAUCUUGAACAUGAUGGGCUCAGGCCCAGUCACAACCCUAUUAAUCGAUUAUUCGAAGCAGCUAGGGGUAAGUUGAGUCUCUUUUCGAUUCAAGUGAUCAUUUUGGGGAGGGAAAAGCUCCCCAGUUAUAAUGAGCCUUGUUUUUCCUAUAUUUACACUAGUGUGUCCCAGCUGUUAGUCCCAAUAGUAAAACUCUAUUGAGUUCCACUCCUCAAUAGGGCUACAUUUUGGGUGUUUAUCUUCAUUGCUGACAAUUCUUAGUUCUAUCAUUCUUUGGUGAUGGUAGAUUGUCCGGAUCAUUACUUAAAGGCAUCCAUCACAGGCUUUUCUGGUUUUUUCAUCCUUUCAAAUCAUUAGGUGUAAUGAAAUCUUUAGACAGUGCUGGAGAGGUAAGAGGCCAUAUGGUAAUGUGCUAACAAAAUGGUUUUCGCUUGCAUUGUAAACUUUCAUUGUUAUUAUCAUACCUAAGAUCAGCUAGCUGAACUCAACCUGUGUCCUAAAUGUUGAAUGUGAAUGAUUAUCCCAGGACUAGAUUACCAAUAAUUCAGCUGUCCAUAUCACGAAAGUUGGUGUCUAAUUAAAGUGGCUGAAUGGGAAAUUGGAACAUCAGUGGUUUGUGCAUCAAACUACUGCUGCUACCAUACGUUUUGGGCACUCGCAAAAAUCAUUUGUAACGGCUUCGUUUCAUGUUUUGAGAAACCUUCACUUGCUCAAUAAAAUUGUAAGAUAACCCCACCUAUAUCACUACUGAAAUUGACAUACUUAAACCGUCUACAGCCGUCACAGCAGACUAAAUUGCUACAUCAUUAUAUAAUAGUUAAUACGAACCGAGCGAUAAAAGCUCAAGGAAAGUAGGAAACUUUCAAAAGACAGGACUAUUGGCCGACAAAGGAUCUGAUAAAGUGAUGCAGUUUCUAAUGUAAACAUUUGUAGGACAAUUUGAAGUCUCAAACAUAUAGGAAUGUAGAAUAAGAACUUUCAUACUUCACUUACAAGAAAAAAAGCGAGUAAUCUUUCAUAUUCAGGCUUGGAUUUUGAAUCCCACACAUACUGAUUAACUCUAUGACAGAACCAAAGAAAGGUGUACUUGAAUAAAGUACCCAAUCUCUUUGGUUAUCUAUAUGUUUUUAUGAGUGAAAUUAUGAUUUCCGUAUCAUCACUUUGUAUUUGACCGUGUUAGAAAAUAAAGCUAGCCACAUCAAACGAAUCACCGUCACCCAAUUUAAACUACAUUUUAAUUUCGACUAACGUACUUUGAAAUGUUUUCAACUCAAAAUCAAACCUUCCUACUCAAAAUAUAUACUCAAUUGAGUGUUUCUUCAAUUCUAUGUUACCAGAGUUAUAAAGCUUGAUAAUAAAUAAUUAAUUAACUAAAUAAUUAAUUAACUAAAACCGUUCUGAAAUUAGAUUAUGGCCAGUUGGGUUGUGGUGAAUUGCGGAAAAUCUAGUUUUUCCCAGUUACGUCGAUGCCGAUUUGGUUUUUAUUUGUCUUCUCUUCAGUUCAAUAUUUACAAAGUGGCGGCUAAGUAUAACAUACAGUCAGUCUCACCUAAUACCAUUGAGGCCACUGAAGAGAAUUUUUGGUUGUCACACAAACCAAACGUCUCAGCCCAGCAUAUUAACUUGUAUACGAUUACUGAGUUGUAUUCGACCAUUUUGUUGUUUCUAUCUAUAUUAAUUUCUUAUGAUUUCAUCUAUUUUUCUACAUGAUAUACCGGUAGCGCACUUCGUAAGUUUGUAAAUUGUUGGCCAAACGAUAUUUUGAUGUGAUAGUUGAUAAAGAGAACUUAGUGGGUUUUCAGUAAACAAAUAAUUGUAUUUAUUUUUUUAUAUGACAACGUAGUUGUGCCUGUAAUCAUCCAGUAAAUAAACGUUUGUACCCUGUACGAGUAAUAAACAGGUUCAACUGGUUUCCCACUGCGAAAUCUCUAGGAUUUGAUUUGAAGAUAUCGUCUACUUAUUUGUACGAUUUAUAUUAAAGUAAAAGAUCAUAGCUUAUGGUUGCUGAUAUUAUUUGCAUGUGUUUGCUAAAUAAACCACUCGAAGUUUAUAUAUCCACUUGUGAUAUAGUGGUUACAAUUUCAACCAUCAGGUCGUGGGUUACAACUUUUCUCCAUCCACAUCAGUUUAGACAUUUGAGCAUUGCCACCAGUCCAACACAAAAAUGUGUGACUCCAAGUCGUGGACAUAAACCUUCACUUGAGUUACAGCAAACUAAGCUAAAUGAGUGAAUACAUGAUGAAGUGCAGAGAAUUUUAACAAAGAGGCAACUUACUCAGCAUUUUGUUUAGCAGGAUUUUAAGUUGUAGCUACUUAGUAUACAAAUAUUUUUUGAAGGCUUGGCCAAAGCAAGAAAAUUUUUGAUUUGCAAACGACGCCUAUUCUGUCAAUAAAAUAAACCCAUAGAUUGUAGUUACACUUCUAUUUUGUUUAGUUUUGCUUAGUUACAUAGAACUUGGUAAGAGUCUAAUCUACAUCAUAUGCUAAAUUUCGACGCCCGAAAUUCUAACUAGCAUCAAAUUCUGAAUGCAAGAAAAUGAUUGCUACGACACUAUCGUAAGACUGUUAAAGGAUUGUAGUUUUCAUAAGCAAAAUUGACUCGUCAGUCUACUCGCUUCCUUAUAUGGAAGUAUUUGCUGGUAAUUUAAUACUAAACAUCUGGAUAGUCUAAGUAUUCAUCCAUUAACGGUUAAUUUCUUGCAACAAAUCUAGCCAUAACUUCUACGGAGUGUCUAGAAUUUACUUUCUGAAUUUUAAAAACAGUGUCAUUUAAAAUUCUUUUUAACCUUUAAGGUAAUCGGCGCUCAGUCAGUACAAUUACUUACUAUUGAAGGUACAGUACAGUUGGUGAUGCGGAUAGCUCUGGGAUUCAUUUUCGAUUACCGUUUCAUAAAACCGCAUAGAGGUAUUAUAUGGACUGGAGGAAUAGCAUUUUCUUCUGUAAUAAUUAUCUUUAUUGCAUUUGCCUCUCAAUUGAAGUAUUUGUCCGCUCUUAUGUUUUUGCGAGGGUUAUUUUUGGCUCUUUACAUCUCUCAGCAAGCUGUAGUUUUAUCGGAUUUAUGUGAAGGACAACCAGAAACAACGAGUCAAACAAUUGCUAUUGCACAAAUCUGCAAAGGAUUAGGAACGUUGAUUGGAUCUUACUUUUCUGGUCUAAUCAAAGAUUAUACUGAAGAUUAUCGUCCUGCCUUCAUUUUCCUUGGUAUAAUGCAAUUCAUUGGUUUUAUCACAGCGAUUACUUCUAUUAUGUGGGCGCGAAUAAAUUUACGUAAAGAAAAAUGUUUACUUGCUGCUGACAAUUUAUUAUCUAAUACUAGUGUUGCAAAUGUUUCAGAAGCUUCAUUAUCACAACCGGUGUUAAAUGAAAAUAAAACCUCAAAUAAUAAUCAACCUAGUCCUUCUUCAUCUCCUCUCUUUAUCCAUAAGGAGAUUAAUGAAACAAGUACACUUCAAAAUCCUAAAAUAUGAUAUUUUUUUUGGUAAUAAGAUGUCUUCACUUCUUACACUAUUCAAGAUGGAGUAAUCAUUUAUCAACCUAAAACAGAUUUGUAUAUGUAUAUAAACAUUUUAUUUCUGUUUAUAACAAACUGUUGUGUCAAUUUCAUAGAUUAUGCAGAGUAUUUCUUCAUUUCCGAACGCUAUUCUUACACUAUUACUCAGCUAUUUGUUUAUUAUCUUUUUUCAUUUUCUCAUACCCGGUUAUCUUUAACCGAUAGUACCAUAUGUAUAUAUCCUUUAAUUUGUCGACAAAUCAACUGAUAAACAAUCUGAGCAAUUUUUCUUAUGAUGAACUAUCGUGUAACUAUUCAUUUCACUGACUUUGUUUAUCCUUACAGGUGUAGUAAAAUUGUACCAGAUGCAGUAGCUGUACUGCUAAAAAACACUCAUCUAUUGACAAUUGGUGUCGGGUUUUUCAUUAAAAGGUUAAUCUAUUAGGUAGCGUUUCGCUAUCUAUUACCUCAAGCGUGUAAAAUAUGGACUAGCACUACGUAGAGAUUAUUACGUUGUCAACUUUUAUCGACUGAGAUGACGAUGAUGUAUGUUACCUACGUCUACUGAGAUGCUCUUUCUUGACUAGCUUAAGAGCCUUUUGUAAAGAGAUUUAAAGGUGGUCACUUCAUAGUAACGAUUUCAGUCUAAAAAGUCACUGAAGACCAUCAUGAACUGUGUUUAGAAGAGAAAACACUCCUUAUGGUGUCAGAUAGCUAAUCGGAAUCUAUAUUUGGUAGCUUUAGAUAAUAUGGCUCAUACUUGGUAGAAGUAAUGUAAAUUAAGGCUAAACCUCAAUCAUCAUCAUACUAUUCUAUGUUUUGUUUAUUCUUUUUGACUUGCUUUCUUUCCUAUUUUUAUUAAUUUAUCCCUGUUGGUAUUACUGUUCGCUCAUUGUUCAACUCCUUGUUAAUCUAUUCUUUUUAUGCUGAGAUGUAGUUUAGAACUUUUUAUGGACAAGUAUAUGGAUCAAUCUUUACAUUUGACGUCAAAUAAAGCUACUUCUGUAAGUCACACACACAGACACAAGGUGCUUAAGCGAAAGGACCUUAAAAACCAGCCUGAGCUGCAGACGAAACGUAUACCUUCUGUGUAAACUACUUUCAGCGGUGUGUAUGUAAAAGCUUGGAAACCAACAAUUGAACAAUACUUACAAUGGCGCUUAUAAACCAUUAUUCAUACAAUGUUCAUUAAAGUUAAAGAUAUAUAUGUCUAAUGCUUUUAAUGUAAUUGUCUUCGUGAUGAUGAAUUUACGUUCCAAACUUUAUAUCGACUGAUUACCUACUACUACUUUGCGAUUGAAACCAAUUAUCUUUAUAUAUGCAGCUUAUAAUAUUUGUGUUAGCAGUUUUACAUGAACUAGAUUGUCAUCGUCCUGCUUGACCUAAGUUUCAUUUUAACUGACGUUCACUAGCAAGGCGCAACUGAGGUUUCGAGGAAACUGAUGCUUUUAUUGAGAUUAGAACCCUUUCACAGUCAGACUUUACUACUAAGUUACGAAUAAUUCCCUAAUGAAUCCAAAAUAGAAUGUAACCCAAGUCUAUGAAUUUCAGCCGAUCAUUCCUAACAACUUGAUAGUAAACAAAGUUCAUUUAAUAUGCAGUUAUUUAGAUUAGUGACUACACCGAAGUAUAGUUAAUAGAACUUCAUCAAUACUAGGAGUUCUACGCUACGACAUCACAUAGUGCCCAUUCUCAGGUUUAUAAACUUAGUUGCUAUUAAAAAUUUAAGUUUUCCUUAUAUGUGCCAAGACAAUUUAUUUUUACUUGAAACCUGCCUUAAUAAUCCUUUAUCGUUUAAUAAUCCAUUAGGUGGUGUUGAAUUUUCUAUCCUCUCUAUAACACUAUUUCUCAUUCUGAUACUUCUUGUUAUUGAUUCAGCUAAACUUCAUUCGUUGUUCAUAUAAAAUACUAUCGAAAAUUCUAUUACACUGUUCUGAAUGCUUCUUUUAAAUACAAGAAUACCAUUUUGUAGAUUAACUUCGUCUUCUUAUUACAUUACCCAGACAUAUAAAAAAGAUCACUUUUUAAUUUAAUUUGAAAUUGAGGCCUUUUCACAUUGUCUCCAAGUUACAACCCUCUAUAAGAUUAAAGUGUACUACUCGUAACGACGUCUGUUGGCUACAGUGUCACAAAUGAUGUAAUUCAAUUACUGUUAACUUUUGUUUUAGGGUUGCAAAAAAAUGAAUGAACACGUCUAUC